ACGCACGCCUAUUUCAAAAUGCACCCCAAAAAACAAUCUGCCAUACAAUCAAAUCCCCUAUUAUUUCAUAAUAAUUCAUACUAAUUAAUAAUGGUGGUUCUAAGCUUCCAAGCAAUCAACUUCCACACAGCAGGCAGCAGCAUCGCCGCCGCCCAGAGAAAUUACUAUCAGAACAGCAGCAGCAGCGUCGGCAUCGGCGGCGGCGGUGUCCGAUGUGGGAUAGCGGAGGAGUCGGGAGUGCCGGCGCCGAUGGGGCAGAAGACGAAGUACAAGGACGGGAUAUUCGAGAAGGCGUUCAUGACACUUUUCGCCAGGAAGAUGGAGAAAUUCGCGAGAGGCGGAGGAGAAGAUGUUGGGAAGAAGAAGGGAUGGUUGGAUUAUGAUUACGAGGCGUUUGUUGAAGUGUCUAAGAGAGUCAUGCAAGGAAGGACUCGUUUGCAGCAGCAGCAAGUUGUGCGUGAAGUUCUUAUCUCCAUGCUUCCUCCUGGUGCCCCUGCUCAGUUCAGAAAAUUGUUUCCACCGACAAGGUGGGCAGCAGAGUUCAAUGCGGCACUAACAGUACCUUUCUUCCACUGGUUAGUUGGCCCUUCUGAGGUUGUGGAGAUUGAAGUAAACGGAGUGAAGCAACGAAGCGGGGUUCUUAUAAAGAAAUGCAGGUAUCUGGAAAACAGUGGCUGUGUAGGAAUGUGUGUCAACAUGUGCAAAAUACCAACACAAGAUUUUUUCACCAAUGAGUUUGGCCUUCCAUUAACCAUGACCCCAAAUUUUGAAGAUAUGAGUUGUGAAAUGGCGUACGGACAAGUUCCGGUGCGGUUUGAGGAUGACCCUGCAUCCAAACAACCUUGUCUCCCUGUUUUUUGCCCCGUAGCGAAUCCUAAUUCCAGUUUAUGUCCUAAAUUGCAACCAUGAGCUGAUGAAAUUAAUGGAAAACUGAACCUGUACGCUGUAAUUGAGUGAUGAUGUUUUCGUCGAUUCUUUUGGUCGUUGUGAUACUCUUGCAGAUAUAUAGAUACAUAUAAAUGUACAAAAUUGAGGCGGUCGGCCGGUAAUUACUCGAUAUUCUUUCAACAAUAUAUCGUUCUUGAAACACUGGAUAAUUUCAUUUUGAGACUUUUCUUAAUGCUAAAUUUUACA